UCAUAGCAUACCUUUAAACGCGCGUGUCUGUCCUUUAAAAUGUGCAGUGCGCACGAUUGUUUCAGGGUUCAGAUCAGAUCCUCUUUAAGUAAUUCAGUUGUUUCAUUUUCUCACGUGUUUCUGCUAUUGAAAUGCAAUCAGGUCUCGUGCACUUGUGCCUAAUCCUGUCAAAAUCUCCUUGGCAACAUCUCUCAGCUGUGGGCAAAACCCUUCUUCCUCCCCUCCGCCCCCUUUUUUUCUAGAAAAAACCCUGACCCAUCCAUCACUUUUGUGGAAAUAAUGUUAAGUAACAUUGUAAAACAAUAACUUUUUUAUGACUUUAUAAGAGCAAUAAGUGCAUGCUCCAAACCAGAUCCCUAAUGUCCUGACUGGAAGCAAAAUUGGCAUUCAAGCUGUUUUCCCUCUUUGAAGUUAUUACUGACAGGUUGGUGUUGUAAUAGUAAAAUCGAUCUCUCUCCCCCAUCACCCCAGUCUAGACCUCCAAAGAGCGAUCGUAGGGGCUUUAAAAUGAAUGCAUUCGCCAUAAAACCGUAAGACUAUACAGAUAAACAGCACACAGCAAAAAAACAACGUUUAUUAUCAUUGCGCGCAAGUUUUCAACGUUGACGCAAAUAGUUGCAAAUACUUCACCUCAUCUUUAUGACUCAAUAAUAGUUUAUGUGUCUAAAAUUAUGCAUCCAGGCACUUGUGCUUCUCUUCAUGCCAGCGAAAGCACAAACGUGUCUCAAAAGCGGGGUGUUUUUGUUCACGCUGGGACUAUUUGAAUAAGAAUAAUGCUAUUGGAGUGUCGCAGGCCGAGAAAAAUGAGUGACAAAAGCUCAGAGGCACAGAAUUUGGACGGGGUACAAACCGUAUAGAGCUGAAAAGAGGAGAGAGAGAGGCGCACAAUGGAACAAUUCACCUUAUAAUCGCUUUGAUAUAUCAUACAUGCCUGAAGACUCUAAACAUUGUGUAAUUAUUUAUAAAUGACUGUGCCCCUAUCGCCAUAAUACCGCACGGAGAAAGGCGCCGCAUGUCUCUCCCCAAACUAUUUCUAAAUAGUGCCCCCUUCAUUUUAUUUCUAAAGAGGGGCGAGUUGCUUGCAAUUGAAUAAAUUGAAUAAUUAAUGAACAAUUGUACGGCUGUCUCAUAAAGAUGUCUUUAAAUAAAACUUAAGGCACUGCGCAUUGAGAACAGUUUGAUUGAACUGUAUCUUUCACCUCGUGAGCUGUAAUAACUCAAAGGCAGCAGUAUGAAAGAAAGUGUAGGAAAUAUUAUUUUCUUAGAAAUACAAUUCAGACUGUGACGUGUGGGUCUACAGAAUUAUGUUACCACAUAGAGCUUAACUAUAAAAUAACAAAAUUUCAAAAUAUCCAAUAACCUAAUGGAUAGAUAGAUGUUUACCUUUGCAUAUGCGUAAAGACUGAGCAAGAAAUAUACAUAAAAUUACCAAAAACACAUGCAAACAAAAAUUAGCAGCAAAUCACAAAUAUAUGAAUGUGAGUUCAUAUCUUUUUGAAUGACGUUUUUUAAAAAAUCGGUUUGUGUACACUGCCUGGAAAACUUAUAGUGCUAUAGCCUCGUGCAUUACGCAUUCUAUACACUUCGUAAAGUCUUUUCAAUUUCCUCAGAGAUUUAACUUAAAGUGGGCUUGGUCCAUGCUGGACAGAUAGCAACAGCUCUGCUCGCGUGGCUGUGCAGCUUUCCAGCUCUCUGAUUGGCCAGCGGUGAUUACAGGCACGCUUCAGAGGGCGAACAAACAACGGGCAUAAAUUAUGCUAAUGAGAUGGUCGUGCGGCACGGGGCAGACCUGAUGCAAACCAUUCAUUCAUCUUUCACAAAAAUGCCAAAGCUAGGGGGGCUUGUCCAUUGUCUCACCCGGGUAUAUAAGGCAUGUGAGGCCGGUCGUGUGCCAAGCUCACUGGCUCACACGAGCUGAUUGAGGGGUAAGAGCAAGACAGACGCGUGCCUUUAACUCCAACACAAACUAUCUGCAGGACUCUGCAAACCUUCAAACACCUUGUUUCAUCUACCAGCUCUCAUCAGGUAGCAAAUAAUGUGCACUGCAAUGGAGACCCUCUACUCCGACAUGGAUAACUCAAGCUGUGACUACUCGUUUACGCACACAGAUGAUGAAGACUCGCGCAGCAGUAGCAGCCACGCCGCAUCCCCCGCAUCCUCCUGCGGAAAGCCACCUGCAUCUCCAGCCGACAGCCUGCAGGAGGGCAACGCUGAGCUGCAGCCAAAAAAGAGGCGUAGGGGGCGCGCCAGGAACGAGGCCACCGUGCACGUCGUAAAGAAAAACCGCCGGAUGAAGGCAAACGACCGCGAGAGGAACAGAAUGCACAACCUCAACGACGCCUUGGAUGCCCUGAGAAGCGUGCUGCCCGCAUUUCCCGAUGACACAAAGCUCACCAAAAUCGAGACUCUGCGCUUCGCCCACAACUACAUCUGGGCACUUUCAGAGACCAUUCGGAUCGCAGACCAGCGGCCGAGCAAGACGAGAGACGCCGCGCUGAUGCUCCCGGGACUAAGCUGCGUAAUGGAGGCGCCCAGCCCGAGCGGGGACUCUUGCUCUUGGGCAUCCAGUGCCUCUUCCUCGGCUUCAUCUCCGUCUUACUGCAAUUCAGAUCCCGGCAGUCCAGCAGCCAUUGACGAUUUUGGAUAUUUGCAGACUGAUGUAGUUUACAGCUACCACAAAUUCAUGCCCAGAAUCUAUUAGGAUGAUAGACUAAAGUCUGUAUAGCUGCAGAAGUAUGUAGUGUAACAACAGAGGAUGUUUCUGAUACAUUUUAUCAACAACCUUAGGUGUUCACUGUUUGCCUUACAGUUCGAGAAUGUUUUGUAUUAUUUUUGUAUCCUUGAUAUUGACGGUUUUCCAAUAUCUUUGCACUUUUCCAGCGCGCUGCAUCUUUUGGCGUAUGACCUUAACCCCAGUUAGAGAAAAUUAUCAUUUAAACCAAGACAGAUUUGCCUUGGCAGUGCGAGGUGAAAAGUCAAUAUUACAAUUUGUAGAGCGGCAAAGCAGAAAAGCGAGCGUGGAAAUUCAGUUUCAACGCCGUGACAAUAGACUGAAAAGCCAUCAAGAGACAAAGAUCUGGCCUUAUGCAUUAUGUAUUUUGACCCGUAGAAACUCCUCUGUCUGGCUUAUCCAUAAGAGAGUACAGUUAACUAGCUCUCAUCACUUUCAUUUACUUUCUUUUUUAUUUUAUUUAUUCAACCUGUUGCUUUUGUAUUCUAUUCUAAUGUAUUUUUAUUGUAUAUAAAGAGAUUUAUUCUAUUAUGUAUUUACCUUAAAAUAUAAAUCGGCUGCAAAUAUGUUUGUACGAAUAAAUAUAA